AUUUAUUUUCAGAUUAAAAUGGCUGAAACUGUUAUGAAUAAUACACAAACAAUGCUUGGCCAACUGUACGAAUACUAUUUGUGGACAUUGUCAUUAGCAGAUCAAAGAUCAAGAGGAUGGUUGAUGGUAGAUUCGCCGGUGCCUACUGUAUUAUAUACCAUUCUUUAUUUGGUCAUUGUUGGAAUCGGACCAAGGUUGAUGAAGGAUCGAAAACCUUUUAAACUUACUUGGUGUUUGGUUCCAUAUAAUUUAGCCAUGAGUUUGCUCAAUCUCUACAUUGCUAUCGAGCUAUUAAUAGCUUCAACAAGACUUAAAUAUAGUUAUGUAUGUCAACCUAUCAGGCAUGUUGAUCAUAAAGAAGAGCUCAGGAUAGUCAAUGCAGUGUGGUGGUAUUAUUUUUCAAAACUUUUAGAAUUUUGUGAUACCUUCUUCUUCAUCCUUAGGAAAAAGGAAAAGCAAUUGACAUUUCUACAUGUAUAUCAUCACUCAACAAUGUUUUCAUUAUGGUGGAUUGGUAUUAAAUGGGUUCCAAGUGGAUCUACAUUUUUACCAGCUAUGGUUAAUUCAUUCAUACAUGUAUUGAUGUAUUCAUAUUAUGGCUUGGCAGCUCUUGGACCCAACAUAGGCAAAUAUUUGUGGUGGAAGAAGUACUUGACAAUGUUGCAGCUUAUCCAGUUUACUACAGCAUUAAUUCUGGGCAUCAAUGGGAUUAGAUCUGGAUGUGAUUUUCCUUUAUGGAUGCAAUAUGCUCUAGUAAUCUACAUGAUAUCAUUCAUUGUGCUGUUUGGAAAUUUUUAUGCGAAAGCAUAUAUAGAAAAGGGAAAACGAGCAGUUGGAUAUGGUGAAUAUAGUUUCCAAAAUACGCACUAUUAUCAAGCUGGCACAUCAAAGAAGAAAUGGGAUUAAGCAGCAAGCUGCAGAAUUAAUUUCAUGGUGCAAUAAAGGAAAAAUGGCUGUUGAAAAUUCCAUUUAUUAUUGGUCUGUGCAUUAAAAGUUGAAGUGACUAUAAAAUUGUGUUGAUGUGACCAAUAUUCUUAUUAAAUUUGUUGAACUUAUAUAAUAAGCAAG